AUGCCCUGCCCGUAUGGUUGCCACCCUUCGUACGUGAUGCCCGUCCAGCUUCAGCCUCAGAUGUGCUGUCAUGGGUAUGCGUCCGACAACAUGUCCGGCGCCAUGAACUAUGCCGGAGCCUCAGCUGCCGGGGCUGCUGCUGGCGCUGCCUCUGGUGCCGCCGCGGGUGCCGCCUCGGGUGCCAUAUCCGGCGCUGCUGCCGGGGCUUUCGCGGGUGCUGCCGCCGGAGCGGGAGCCGCUGCUGGAGCCAACUUUGCCAACAACAUGCGGCCCAUGACCCCAGCUGCCAUGACGAUGCCAAUGAUGGGGUACAGCAUGGGUGCCGGACCUGUCUCCAUGGCCGCUCAGUCCUUUGUUUACACUUCUCCCGUCGGGCCCAACACGGGCAUCCCGAUCCAGAUCACGUCCUUUUACCCCAUUGGCACAUUUGUUGGCCCUGGCGGACCUGUCCAGGCGCCUAUGAACGGCUGCGCGCCUCCGAUGGCCAUGCCCUUUCGCCUAGCUCCUUAG